AUGUGGCAAGAGGGACGGAUGAAGGAGUUGGAGGAGAAAUGGUGGACCCAGGUACCGGAGUAUUGCUCGCUUCAAAUGGAACGUGGUUUGGGCCUAUUCGAGUUCAUGGGCACAUUCUCCCUAUUCGCGGUCGGCAUCGGAUUUGCAAUGCUGUUUCUGGCUAUCGAGUUCGCAGUUUUCGUCGGUCAAAAGACAAUUCGGCGACGAAAAGCAAAAGCCGCCGAGGAAGCAGAACAACAAUCUCCUACGAAUGACACCUAA